CUCCAAUCUGGGAUGUGGGUUUAAACUUUAAAAGACAAAUUUGCAGUCUUUUGAGUUUUUUUUUUUUUUGAAGAAAGGUUUGGGGUUGGGUUUGUGUUUGUGUUUGUGUUUGUGUUUGUGCUCAAAUUUGAGCCUUGAUGGUACUACGUGACCGAAUGCAAUUCUUGAUAAGCUGCCGGUUGGUGUAUGGAGUCGGUUCUUUUCCCAAGCAUACCAGCUAUUUGAUGAAAUGAUUGUGAGAGUCCUAAAUGUGAUAUUUGGUCUUAUGCUUCUCAAAAAUGAACUGGGUUUUGCUUAUAAUAUAGCUCAUUGCUAGGUUUUAGGGGUCAAACUGAUGGUACUAUGUGGCUGAGUGCAAUUCUGGGGAUAAUUUCUUGAUAGUAAUCAAACAUGCCGCAUAGAACCCGACCUAUGACUGCCCUUUUGGUAUUUACUGGACUCAAUGUCGCUCUGGUUUCAACCAUUACACCUGUCUAUGAUUUCGUGUGCUUUCUUCCAUACUGGGAAAGAAGGGUUAAUAUCAGAGUCCUCGCCUCUCCUAAUACGAUUUCAUCCUAUCAUCUUUCUGCUAAAGGAAAAUUGACUUUUUUUUGGGCUAAAAAAGGGCAAUUUGACUUGAAAAGGGGGGAGGGGGGAAUUAUAAAUGCACUUCCAGUGCGGGGGGAGUAUCAACACAGGGUUAUUAUUAUGGGCUAAAGCUUUGGAUAAUUUUGAGAGAACAACGGCGCCAAGAAUGGGAAGUUUCUUUAGCAAAGGGGUUUGAAUCAAAAUAAAAGGAUCUUUGAGAUAAAGAGAUGGAUAAGAAGACAAUAGAAGCUUUAUACGAGUACCUAUUGAUUUUCUCAUUUAUAUUCUGUAGAUUUUAGUAGACACCAAAGAUUUGCAAGAAAUUAUGACUGAUCUCUAGUAAAUUAUAUUCUGUUUCAUCUAGGCACUGCUAUACUAGAUUCCCAGCCAAUGUUUUUGUCUUUAAAUGGGCUAAAUAUUUGUACCUAGCUUUUGUUGGAAAAGCUAUCUUCUGUACUGUAGCCUUUCUCUUUAAAUGGGCAUUGCUCUACUGCAGCUCUGCAUUGAUUUGCGAUU